AUGGAUGAGUCUGGACCAGAAGAGAGAAGUAAGACUUUGACCGAAUUCUCCAAGUUUCUGAUGACGGAUCCAAUAGCAAACGGAGCAUAUGUCAUCGCUCAUAACGGUGGACGAUAUGACCACAUUAUGGUGAUGGCAGAGAUGGAUAGACUAGCUGGACCUGAGGCAACACCACCAAGUUUCAUAAUGAAUGUCAAAACAUUCAUCAGUGCCGAGUUCACAUACAAAAAGCAGAGGAUAAACUUCUGA